AUGCCGCCUACGACAACGACGACGACGACGACGACAACAGCACCAGCAAUGCCUGCAAGACAAGACUCGCUCGCCACCGUCGACAUGCAUAUCCCUGGAGCAUGGGUCGGCACUAACCCAAGUACACCAGCACCCAUCUCAGAGGACAUCAAGUAUUUUGGAGAACAGCUCAAGACACUCCCAAGCACCGUCCAAAACUAUAUCCCAAAGAAUGAGGAUGGAACACCUGUGACUGCAACGCUCAAAGACAAGGCAGCGUCCCUUUUACCAGCUGGUGCCCUAAACACCGCUGCAGCCUACCUUCCCGCAUCUUUAAAUCCCACGGUUGCUCCCACGGCAGCAGAUGCACCGCCGCCAGUGACGAACGAGGCUCCACACGUCGAGCAGCCGCUGCUCCCUACGACGAAUGCGGACAUGCCUGCCUCGAAUAAGCAGGUCGACGAGGCAGAGAUUAAGGACGAACAACCGAAACCCAAAACGUGGACACAGACUGCCGCAUCCGUCGUCCCAGCCGGUGUCGCUGCGUAUCUUCCCAGCGCCUUGAAUCCAAACGCUCCGACUGUAGAAACACCCACGGAGGGCGCUCCUACUCCCUUUGGCGAGCACGAAGGACUCAAUGCACCCCUUCCACCAGUCCCAUCAGAGUCUUCUACCUCUGCGCCCCCAGCACCCGUCGUUGGUUCAACUGUCUCUCCAGACGAAGACGUUCAAGCAGCACUCUCAAAUUCACCCAACCCAGAGCAAUACAAGACUGAGGUCCCCGUCGCCAACCCACCCGGCACAUCGAGCGAGGAGAAGAGUGUCAUCGAGAGCACGCGGGCUGUGGGAGGUGAAACGCCUAUUACCCCUCUUUCUGACCCCGAAGGCGGCGGCUAUCCCGCCAAGGGGGAGCAUGGCGUCUCUGGUAUCACCGAGGCCACUGCUCGAGGAGCUAUUGGCGCUUUUGCAACCGAUCAUGCGCUGAAGGAUCAGAAGGAGGCGGCUAUCCGUGGACAUGAGACGCCUCGUCCAACUGAAGCCACAAAGCCCCAGGAUUCCUUUGCACACGUCGUCAUCCCCGCUACCCCUGGUGCUGGUCUGAACGAACAAGAAAUGUUCAACAAGAACACUGCCAAGGAUGGCACGCUCUCGCCAGAGAAAAAGCACAAGAAGAGUCGCAGCGGUUCCACGAGCGCUGGCGAAGCGAGUCCCUCGAGCCCAUCCAAGAGCAUGUUUGGUGGCAUUCGCAAGCUGACGAAGAAGCGCGAUCGAAGUAGGAGCAAGGGGGCUCACUCGCGCGACGUCAGUGCAGACGAGACUGGUGUCCUCGCCGGUGCGACUACCUCGAAGCACCGCGACGACACGCUCGAAAGUCAGCACUCUGGAUCUAGUGGAGGUGGGAACAGUCCCGUGACGGAUCGCAAGGGCCACAACGUUCUUCACAAGGACCCUCCAACGGGGCACCAGCACCCGAAUACUCACAUCAAUGAGAGUGCCAACCUCGCUACCACCGAUCCUUCGCUCGAUAACAACGCGAACAAUACCGCCGCAGAGCUAGGCAUGCAAGAGGCGACGCCCGUACCGACCAAUAAUCCAGCCACAAUUACGUACAAUUCGGGGAGCGUCAAGGAAAAAAACGGCACACCCAACAUGCUUUCGAACCCAUUCUCCCCUGGAUCACCCUCGUCGAGUUCGCCCCACAAGGUCGGUCUCAAGGACAAGAUCAAGGGCGAGUUUAUGGUUGUCCAAGGUGUACUCUCCCGUGACGAAGGGCUCAAAGAGGCGGGUGAGAAGAUGAAAAAGGGCACGCUCUAG